AUGCCACUCCGCUUCAUCGAAAAACACAAUCCCAAGAUACCUGCUUGGGGGGAGACUGAAUUGGAUGUCUAUUUCCUUUCUGAAUGGGACAAACCUCACCCUGACCUCUCAGUGUCCAACGAGUCCCCCACCGACCGUCGCAAAAGGCUUUUACGCCAAUUUCUCGCAUUGGGAUGCGAAGGAAGACAGCCUUACCGACUGGGCAAUUCACCACCUUCUCCUACUCAAGCUCAAAUAGAUAAUAUUCUUCGGCUUAUAAGGCCCGAAGCACUGCGUGUCUACGCUCAUAAUACCGGUGCUGAAAGGGGCUGCUGGCUUCGUCUCUGCUACACGAAUGAAGAGGGUCAUAAUGCUCUAUGGACUGCCAAUGAACUCGCAGAAUGGGUUGCUUAUAAUGGGGUUGUGCUUGACGAUGAAAGUAUAUUUGGUCGCCUGGAUUUGGCAGCUGCCCUAAACAUAUUUCCUGAGCGUGUCGCAAAUGAGCGGGUCAAUUUUGAGCUCAGAGAGAGGAGCCUUAGGAACGCGAUAGAGGAUGCCGAAGAAGGCGACUUUAACGAAGACCCUCUUGAGCCAUACGCUCUGUAUCAGGCAGAGUUUGUUGUUACCCAUAUGUAUGUGGAGGAUGAUGUUGCGGUAAAUGGCGGGGGUUUGUAG